UAUACCGGAAAACCAAACGAAAUGAGCAUCCUCUCGUGUACCGUAAGUAUGGACAUUUCACCACUUUCUUGGUAUUCUGUGCUACUUCCAGCCGGUUCACUGAUAUUAUUCUUCUUUCUAUGGAGAAGGCAGAGGAGAACAAGGCUUCCUCUUCCCCCUGGACCUCCUGCUUGGCCUAUUGUGGGAAACCUCUUUCAGCUCGGAAAGAGACCUCACGAGUCUCUCUAUGCCCUCUCUCUGCAAUACGGCCCACUCAUGGCUCUCCGUCUGGGCAUAAAAACAACAGUGGUUGCCUCCUCUCCUGCCAUGGCGAAGGACCUCCUCAAAACACACGACCACCUCCUCGCCGGGCGGACGGUAAUUGAAGCAGCCAAGUCGCUUUCCCAUCACAAGUCCUCGCUAGCUUGGGGUGAAUACGGUCCUUACUGGCGCAAUCUUCGACGAAUUUCAACUGUUGAGCUUUUCAGCCCCAAAAGACUCGAAGCUCUGCAACACCUCAGAAGAAAUCAAGUAUUUCAGACGACUCGACUCAUUUUCGAGGACUGGGGAAAAUUUGUGGAUAUCGCGCAUACUGUCUUCUGCACGUCUCUGAAUUUGUUAGGCAACAUGAUCUUCAGCACAGAUGUCUUUGAUCCGCAUAAUCCAGCUUCUGCGGAGCUCAAAGAUAUUGUGUGGGAAAUACUGAAGCUCGGAGGAAUACCCAAUUCGGUCGACUUUUUUCCGUUCCUCCGGUUCCUCGAUCCCCAGGGUGUGUCCAGGGGGACGGCCAAGCAUUUGAAGGCCAUGUAUGAGUUUUCAGAUGCAUUCAUACAGAAAAGGCUCGCCACCACCAGCCAAAGAAUUGAGCGUAACGAAGUCGAGAAGGAUUUUCUGGAUGUUCUGCUGGAUUCCAGAAGUGAAGAUUUCACUUUUGUUGGCAUUCGAAACUUAAUAGUUGAAUUAUUUCUUGCCGGUACUGAAACGUCGACUACAACAAUAGAAUGGGGCAUGGCCGAAUUCAUUCGAAAUCCAAUCAAAUUGAACCGAGUCCGACAAGAACUAGAUGAAGUCGUUGGUUGCAAGCGAAGAGUGGAGGAGUCUGAUUUAGAUCGUCUGCCAUAUCUGCAUGCAGCCGUCAAAGAAAUAUUUCGAUUGCACCCGGCGGGUCCUCUGUUGGUACCCCGCAAAGCAGGGAGUUCCUUUGAGAUCGGGGGAUUUUUGAUACCCAAAGACAGCGAGGUAAUGGUGAAUGUGUGGGGCAUUGGGAGGGAUCCUUCGAUCUGGAAAAACCCUUUGGAAUUUAUGCCCGAGCGAUUUUUGGAGGGCGAGAGUAGCAAGAUAGAAUAUGGAGGACAAAACUUUGAGCUAAUUCCAUUUGGAGCGGGGAGAAGAAUUUGUCCGGGGCUUCCAUUGGCGAGCCGUAUGAUUCAUUUGGUUUUGGCUUCUCUGCUUCAUUCGUUUGAGUGGAUACUUCCGGAUGGGAUGAGUUGUGAGGAGAUGGACAUGAGCGAUGAGUUUGCCGGACUUGCCUUAAAAAAGGCUACAGGUUUACAGGCAAUUCCCGUGCCCCGUCUCCCACAUGAUAUCUACUAGUCUGUUAUCUUACCUAUUAAAUCAGUAAAUCUGACACAAAGUAAGGAUUUUCCUGUUUAUAGUUUGUAUGGAGAUUCCACUGCUUUCUUUGUAUUCUGAACUCGUUAAUGCUGUUUCACAUUUUUUCUUUCUGUGGAGAACUCGUGUGGGUAGGAAGAAAGAGAUGUGAGGAGUCUCUGUUUGCUCUUGUUUUGUAAUGACACGCAUAGAUAUAGUGAUGGAAAACUGUAUAAGACGUCUACUUUUUAUAAUUAAAUGGCAAUAUAUUUUUAUUUUUUCAAUAAUUGAA